AUGGAUGCAUUCCCGGAUGAGCUCGACUUUUUGACCCAGCUAGCUGAGAUUGAGAAUUCAGUCGACAUGACAUCCUGGAUGUGGACACCAGAUAUGCUCUCCAUCUCUGAGGAUCACGGUAGCAUGACCGACGUGACCUAUCCACUGAUUGCGCCUUAUACUGCCAUCCCGGAGCGAGUGCUGUAUGCUGACACUUUCCGACUGCCAAGUGACUACAUACUCACACUCGAAAGCAAUACUACCACCCCUUUGGAAAGACUUGAAAAGUACUCGCGACUAUUCUUUGCGCAUUUCCACACUUUGUUGCCUAUCAUUCAUGUCCCCACAUUUUGCCUGGCAUUAGCUCCAGCAGUACUUGUGCGUGCAAUCUGUCUGAUCGGAGCGAGGCUCGAUGCAGACCCUAUAUCGUUUUCAGAUGCAGGGAUUUUCUACAAAUCUCUCCCGUCAAUAUUUGCAAAAGGAUAUCUCCAUUCGGACGGAGCAGCGCCAAGUUUUGAAGAAUUACAAGCACUCGUAUUGUUCCAAUUCGCCAGCAUGGCAAGUGGAGGAAGUGCUGAACGAGCAGCCUCGCGAAUGUUACAUCCACUGCUUGUUUCUGCUAUGCGACAGGCAGGACUUCUCAAAGUCCACGGGGAGUGUACAAAAGCCACACGGAAUGCAAGCUCAUGGAAAACCUGGAUUCAGAAAGAGUCACAGAAGCGGGUUCUUUGGGGUGUCUACGCGGUAGACUGCUAUCAAUCAAUUCUUUGUGGUAGUCGACCACUUCUUUCGCCAUCGGAAACUCGCGCUUCUUUUCCUUGCGACAAUGCAAGCUGGGAUGCCUAUUCUGCAUCAUCUUGGGCUGCAUUACCCGCACAAGACCCAUCGAGCUGUUUCUUGAGCUCAAUCAAGGGUUUAUUGCUUGGAAAAUCUCCAUCCCUGGCAAAUAUGACAGCCUUUGGCAUGAACCUGCUUAUUCUAGCUGUGCAUGCCCUGCUUCUUGAAGCCCAGAUUUCAAUACUUCCUGUGGACCUCUCGGCUCUCCACCAAGCUCUUCAAGCCUGGCAUGCUUUAUGGGAGGAGUCUGGAGGACAAUUUGUUUGGAACUCUGAGCUUAACCCGGAAAUCUUUUUGAUCACCAAUAGCCUUUCUUUGUAUUAUCUCGCAACCCACUUUUUACAGAGUGGACGCCCGGUAUUGAGCGAGAAAGCCUAUAUGGAAAAGUCCACGAACUCCGGGAACCCGCUGAUUAUCAAAGAGCAAAUCUAUCAGGAUGAGAUGAUGCGGUGUGUUAGAGGAAUGCUGAGGGAAUUCCAGUAG